AUGAGCAGGGAGCUGUUGGCCCGGCGCUUGCAUUGGGCUGUAGAGGAGGAGGAUGUUGACUCCUUAGAGAAGUGGUUGAAGGGGAGUGCCGAUCCCAACCUGGUUUUACCUGAGGGGAUAGCUGCUCUACAUUUGGCAUCUGGGAAGGACACGGAAGGUGGAAUCCGGUGUUUAAAAACGCUACUUCAGCAUGGGGCAAAUCCUAAUGUCAGAUCUACUGAAGAUCUCACUCCCUUGCACGUAGCUGCCUCCUGGGGGUGUGUCAAGAGUUUGAAACUGUUGCUCAGAAAUGGAGCAGACCCAACUCUCCUGGACCAGGAUGGACUGAGGGCAGUGGACUUAGCUGAAGAGCAAGGAAAUGUGAAAUGUCGUCAGAUUCUGCAAGCAUAUCACCACUACACUCUGCUGGAGGAUGCAAGGGAAGACCCUCCCACAUACCAAUAUGUCUGCUAUCGAAGAGUUAGAAAUGGUUUUCAUUUCUUUGCUGAUCCAGCUGAGUUCGGCAUCACAGAGAGCCACAAGAUGGACAAGCUUCCUGGAAGGAGUCAAAAAUUUCAUCCAAUCAGCGGAACCCAGCAAUCCUCAACCCACAGACGGCUGGAUUUUGGCAUCACUGACUCCAGCAAUGUCAGUCAACAGCCAAGUGGCUACUCAGUGAAAGUAAACCUGAGGAGUAGCCCUUUGGGAGAAGAUACAUCGGUCUGGUCUGAAUUACCACGGCCCAGGUCCCAGUCAGGAACAAUGAAACCAAGGGGCCUAGGACAUCAAAUGGACAUUGUUGAGGACAGGAGUAAACACCACAUUGUUGGUGAAACUACAGAACUGACCCUUGACAGCUGUGUGUUGUCAAGUACUCGUGUAUCUACCUUUGGAAAGUUUGAAGAGCAGAAUUUAAAUGAAUUAAAUUCUGCAACUGACUUCUCUGAGGAGCAUACACCAGCAGACCAGGAGCUAAUUCUUCAGGACAAUGAGAGCUUUCUUCCUGUGUCUGCUACCCAGCCCCCUCCAGUCCUGAGCCAAAGACUGAACACCUCAAUUGAUGAUGAGAGCUUUUUGCCUCCAUCAGCACCCCAGCUGUGUCCAGUUGGGAGCUGUGGAUUGAAUAACUCAACUCAUCAUCUCCCUGAAGCCCAGUACUUCCCAAUUGAACCUCGCCAUGCUCAGCGAGCAACAAUUGGUUUGUAUGAAGAGAAGGAAGUCUUCAAGGACGGUGAUGCUUUUGUUGACAUAGAGUGGCUCUCUGAAUUGGAUUGUACCUGCAUUUCAAAGGAACAAUCUCAGUCCAGUGAAUCUCUUUCGAACACUAUGCUUGACCUUGCCAAAGACAAAGGAUUUUGUAAUUCUGAGCUUUUAGUAAGAGCAACUAGAGGCAAAGGCAUUGACAUAACUUCACCAGAUCAUGUCUAUGUAUUUGAACGCAGAAAUUCGACUGUUCUACAUAACAACCUGCAUAAAGACACUACAGUUCUCCUUGAGGACACUUUAGACUAUACCAUGGGGACAGUCAAUGAUGGAUAUCCUCCAUAUGCUGACAUAGCCCAACAUAAUGGUAGUGAUCCCAAAGCUUCAGUCUCGAUUUCGAGUUCAAGCAACGGCCUAUACUGUAGCUGCGAAAGUGGAUUUGGGGUUUUAUCCAGUGCAGUCGGGAACUUCGGGCCUACAAGUCACACACAGCAGGUUCAGGAAGACCCAAUGAGCCAGGCGGACACAGACCAAUUUUUAGUGCAGCAAACUCCUUCAGGCAGGAACCAGGACAAAUCUGCUUCAGAAUCUCCAGGUGAGAUUGCAACAGUUAAUACCCAGCUGGUACACACUAGAGAUGUGCAGACUCUUCCUUUCAAAGAUUCCCAGUUCUUUGAGAAAAUGGUGAAAGAUUCUCCUUUGCAAAGGAAUGGCGAGCAGUCCAACUGCAAUUCUCCAACUCCUCAAAGGCAGUGUUGCCACCGCGAUGCAAGUCUUUCCCAUAGCAUCCUAAUCAACCCAAGUGACAAUGACAUUGUACACAGCUCACGUGCAGGAUCCACCUAUACAAACAGCUAUAUCGACAAGGGACAGAUGAAUGCAGUAAAAUGCAACAUGAAGCAGCAGGCAAUGCUCAGUGGUGAAAAUGAAUCAAGCCUGGAGACGUUCACAGCUGCAGAAACAAACGGUAAAAAUCACAAGUGUAAUCAAGGGGAUCAAUCUAUGGUAGAACUUGUUUCUGCCAGGGGCUGUAUAGAAGAUGGGAAUUUUCCAGGUUUGUUGAUGCUGUCUGCCAAAAAAUCUUCAUCUUCCACUAUCCUUGUCAAUGAUCCAAGCCUUGGGACACCAUCUAGGGAUUCUGUUUCCAUUAACAAUAAUGCAGGAAGCAAAACCCAACCGAGUUUAGAUGAAGAACAUUCAUCAAUUGAGGACGAGAAAGAAGGUGAAGGUGGCUCGGGGUUGGAAAAGUUACUGAAGAACAUCACGUUAGCAACUGAAACAAAGCAGUCGCAACUCAGCAACGAUAGAUUGUCACCUUUUGUUACUCCACGCACCAAGAGCCGAUUGGCCAACUCCUCGUUAAAAAGUUAUGAUCCUUCACUUUUCGAGCAAACACUUGCCCUGCCAAUUAGAGUUAGACGAGUCCGCAGAAAGCAGGUGGAAGAUGCUGGAAGCCCAUCUGGUUGGUUUGGUUCACUCAGCAAUGGAUCUGCUGUUUCCCAGGGUGCAGAUGGUGAAGAUGAAACUCGCUCCUUUCCUCACCCUCCAGACGAUGAAGAUGCAGAUUUUGACACUGUUCCCUUUGUCAGACAUAAUGAUCAGGAAAAAUGGACUGUCCAACCAUUGGCAGCUUUGUGCCCAGACCCGGAACUUGCAAGCUUUGACACUGUACCAUUCCUAAAUGCUAAUCAUGAAAAAAGAACAGCCCAACUUUCAUCGCCAAUUGCAAACAGCAACAAACAGCCCCUCAGCUUGAAAAGUGUAACUGAAGCCAGCGUAGGAAGCCAGAAAGCACCAUUUCCACAUCCUGUGAACCCCAGAGAAUAUGGAGAUACCAACCGAGAUGGCUGUUUUUGCCCACCCAUCAGGCAGUCCACUACAGAGAUGGUUCAACCUGAUGUGAAAGCCAGUGACGACAGUCAGAUGAGAUCCAAUAAGCCUUCAGGGGAAGGCGAUACCACGUGCUCUCUCAAAGAUAAUGACUUGCAAAGUGAGCUGAAAAUAUCAGAAAGAGAGCAGGGAUUGUGUGGUGCUGCAGAGUUGCCCAGGCCUUCCUCUCUGCAUCUUAGUCCGGUGCCACUAGCUGGAGAACCCGAGGCUGAGAGCGAGGCCUUUCCCCAAAACAGCAACGUGUGUGAAAGCACCAGGCUGGAGGAUGCCAAUUUGCAACUGGGAAAUUGGGACCAAAGGUGUAGCUUUUCCAAACGGUCUAUUGAAGACCGCCUGUCAAAAAUACCAAACCACAAUGCCGAAUGGCAAAGCCUUUUGGGAAGCCUUGACCUCCAGCUUUCUCCCGGCGGUCGCCCAGUUAACAGCAGUGUAAGCGAGACGGUGGAGUACCUUUACACUGACACCGAGGAGGGCCAUACCUUGAUAGAGCGCCGUUAUCCUUGCAAGGACACAAGCUUUGAGAACCUGAGCACUUCAGGCUCUGAGGAGACAGUCAUCUAUGACUGGAGGUCCUACACAAACAGAGAGGCCUGUGCCAAGGAGGAAGAAAACCUGCCAUCUGGUGAUGGAGUGCCAAAAUUGUCUCCUCGCCUCCUGCUCUUAUCUAACAGUCAGAUACGAAGGCAACUUAAAGAUUACGGAGAAGACCCUGGACCAAUAACAGACCUUACCCGAAAGGUUUACCUGCGUUAUCUGGACAGGAUUGGAAAGGAGCCCCUCCCCAGGAAGCCACAACAGUUUACAAGUUACAGUCCAGAGCUCUGUCAGAGUCUGGAAACGUUUGUCUUCCCAGACUGCACUCAGGAAGAACUAGCUUUAGUGCAGCAAUUUGAUCAACCUGACCAGAAUCGCAAGUGGAGGGAGGGGCUCCUCAAAUCCAGCUUCAAUUACUUACUCCUCGAUCCCAGGGUCACCAAGAACCUGCCAGCCCGGUGUCACACAUUGAGCUCUGCAGAGUGCUUCCGCACGUUUGUCAGCUCCAUCUUCUAUGUGGGAAAAGGGAAGCGUUCCAGACCCUACUGUCACCUCUACGAUGCACUGACGCAUUUUAAAAAUAACAAUAAUCAGGUGAGUGCAAAACUGAAGCAGAUUCUGGAUAUCUGGGAGAGUGGCCAAGGGGUGAUUUCUCUGCAUUGUUUCCAGAACGUUAUUCCUGUUGAGGCAUACACCCGGGAGGCAUGCAUGGUGGAUGCGCUGGGCCUGCAGAUGUUGACCAACAAGAAGCGCGGGGAUUAUUACGGUGUUGCUGCGACCUGGCCAAUGAAGCGACGCCGGCGGCUGGGGGUCCACAUGCUCGGCCGAGCGUCGCAGAUCUUUCUGGCGGAAGGGGAGCGGCAGCUGCGCCCAGCCGACCUCAGGAUCGGGCAGUGAAAGGCGGGUGACGCAUCAAAUACCCCUCCCCCGCCCAACGCCUGUCACGCAAGCAGCUUCUUUCGAAUGAACCUCUGAGGCAGGCUGGCUCUGUCCUCUUCACUUAAGUGGGUAGCAGUUAAUGGAGCUCAGCACCUGCACCCCAGAUUUCAACAGAUUUGCUUCCUAACAAUGCAACCCCUUAGUUGGCGCGCCAGCGAGUUACAGAGUGGCAGCAUGAGCACCUUCAUGCUUCUGGUCAUGGACCUUGGUGUCCAGGGGAGGGGGGUACUCCCACCUCCUCCCCCAACAUGCGCGCACACACACAUGCACACACACGCGCGCAAACAGGAGGGUGAAGGGGGUUGCUGCCAUACAAAUCACCGCCCAUUUGCUCAUGGGCACCUCCUGCUGGUCCAUUCAAGCAUUACAUUGCACAGAGACGUUGAGCUUGAUUGGCUGGGCACUUUUAUAAAUAGUGCAGCUCUCCAGAACUUGGGGAGAAGGGAUGUAAACUGUGAGGAAGCAAUCUCCAUCGGAAGAGGUUUCCCUUUUCUCAAAACUGCAUUUAUUCCUGUGAUGAGCUUUCUCUGUCCUGCAGCUUCUGAGUAGCUUGUAGCAGUCACACCCCUGGCCCAGGUUAUCGUGAAAGCCCAUCUACAUACAGGGGGCUCCUGUGGGGUGACUGACUUUUCCCUCCCUAGGUGUGCCUGCCUUUCCCUCAAUAUAUAUGAUCCACGAUCGAGGAAUAUUUUUCUGGGGAAAUAGCAGGUGAAAACCUCUUCCUCGUGCUCUGUCAUAGUGGAUUAGCUAGAAGAUACAACCUUUCCCUACCUUAUAUUUCUUUUUAACAUAACUUUUUAACGCUGUUUUUAAAAUGCUCCCUUCUGUCGACGUCCAGAGGGCUCUGGUUGAGCCAUUCCUGAGCCCGCUGCUGUGUUGGUAUCUGGCAAUAAGAUCCUCCCAAAUGCUCCAGGUACCAGUGUCUUUGAUGUCUCAGAAUCCCAUGGCUCUGCUGGAGUCUGUAACUCCUCUGAGUGUUUUCUUCCAACAAUCUGACCAGGUCUAAAUUGAUUAAACAAAAGCAUAUUUAAGGUUUUUUCCUUAAGAUCAAUAAAUAUCAAAGAAGUUGUUCCCGUGAUUACGGUACCGAACUGGCAAUCAGACUUUGGGAGCUCAAACUCUGCCGUGGUGAGUUGGGAUGUAGAAUUGAGUGAAAUUUGGCGACUUGUGAGCUGGCAACAGAUAAAAUGACCAUGAGAGGUUUUAAAAAAAAAAGCAACUGUAUUUUUACACAGUGAAUGUAAAAUAAUCUGGAAUGCGUCACCAGAAAUGGAAACCAUAGUAAUUUUCCAAAGGGAAUUGGAUAAAUACUUAGGAAAAAAAGAUUUGCAGGGGCUGUGCAGAAAGAACAGUGGAGUAGAAUUAAAUGGAUUGCUCUUUUAAAGUGCUGCCACAGGCACCAUGGGCCGAAUGACCACCUGUGUUGUAUCAUUCUAUGACUCUAAUGCCCUCUGGGGAAGGGAACCUGCCAUCCUUACCCAUGUCUGCGCUUUAUGUAAUUCCAGUCUCAAAUCAAUAGGGCAACUACAGGUGGGCAAGAGGGCACAGAUUUAAGGUAACUGGCAAAAGAAGCAAUGGAGAUAGAAGGAGAAACUUUUUUUGCGUCGCGAGUGGUUAAGAUCUGGAAUGCGCUGCCUGAGAGUGUGGGGGAGG